AUGAUCGUGCCCCCCCCCCCGCUCCACGACACCCGGGUCGCUCCUCGGCAGGGUCAGCGCGGGGGUCCGCAGGACGGGGACCACCCUCGGGGUGGCCGCUCCGGCGUCGGGCGCCUGCGGUCCAGGCCCCCGGGGCGGUGGCCCUGCGGGACGGACUCGGAGACACCUGGCUGGGCGGGGACCCGCCUGCCUCCGGCCAAGUUGGCCCGAGGCCCCGAACCCAAACGACCUUGCCGAGCCGCGCCGCCCCUUUGGGGCCUCGUCUCCGGACUCUCCACCUCCGCCAACCCCCCAAACCGGAGUGGCCGGGACGCCGAGGCCGAGGUCCCCAGCGCGCCGCCGGUGCUCGGAGACCGGCCGCAGCGCUGCAUGCCCGAGUUCGUCAAUGCGGCUUUCAACGUGACCGUGGUGGCCACCAACACGUGUGGGACUCCGCCCGAGGAGUACUGUGUGCAGACCGGGGUGACCGGGGUCACCAAGUCCUGUCACCUGUGCGACGCCGGGCAGCCCCACCUGCAGCACGGGGCCGCCUUCCUCACCGACUACAACAACCAGGCCGACACCACCUGGUGGCAGAGCCAGACCAUGCUGGCCGGGGUGCAGUACCCCAACUCCAUCAACCUCACGCUGCACCUGGGUAAAGCAUUUGAUAUCACCUAUGUGCGCCUCAAGUUCCACACCAGCCGCCCAGAGAGCUUUGCCAUUUAUAAGCGCACUCGGGAAGAUGGGCCCUGGGUCCCGUACCAGUACUACAGCGGCUCCUGUGAGAACACCUACUCCAAGGCCAACCGAGGCUUCAUCAGAACGGGAGAGGACGAGCAGCAGCCCCUGUGUACAGAUGAAUUCAGUGACAUUUCUCCCCUCACUGGGGGCAAUGUGGCCUUUUCAACCUUGGAAGGAAGGCCCAGCGCCUACAACUUUGACAAUAGCCCUGUGCUGCAGGAAUGGGUAACUGCCACUGACAUCAGAGUAACUCUAAAUCGUCUAAACACUUUUGGAGAUGAAGUUUUUAAUGAUCCCAAAGUCCUCAAGUCCUAUUAUUAUGCAAUCUCUGAUUUUGCUGUGGGUGGCAGGUGUAAAUGUAACGGACACGCCAGCGAGUGUGUGAAGAAUGAGUAUGACAAGCUGGUGUGUAAUUGCAAGCACAACACAUAUGGAGUAGACUGUGAAAAGUGCCUUCCUUUCUUCAAUGAUCGGCCAUGGAGGAGGGCGACUGCGGAAAGUGCCAGCGAAUGCCUACCAUGUGACUGCAAUGGCCGAUCGCAGGAAUGCUACUUUGACCCUGAACUAUACCGUUCCACUGGCCACGGAGGCCACUGCACCAACUGCCAGGAUAAUACGGAUGGUGCCAACUGUGAGAGGUGCCGGGAGAACUUCUUCCGCCUUGGGAACAAUGAAGCCUGCUCUCCAUGCCACUGUAGUCCUGUUGGUUCUCUGAGCACACAGUGUGAUAGUUACGGCAGAUGCAGCUGUAAGCCAGGAGUGAUGGGUGACAAGUGUGAUCGAUGCCAGCCUGGAUUCCAUUCCCUCACGGAGGCAGGAUGCAGACCAUGCUCCUGUGAUCCUUCUGGCAGCACAGAUGAGUGUAAUGCUGAAACGGGAAGAUGUGUUUGCAAGGACAAUGUGGAAGGCUUCAAUUGUGAGAGAUGCAAACCUGGGUUCUUUAAUCUGGAAGCAUCGAAUCCUCGGGGUUGCACGCCCUGCUUCUGCUUUGGGCAUUCUUCUGUCUGUACAAAUGCGGUUGGCUUCAGUGCUUACACCAUAUCCUCUGCUUUUCACACUGAUGAGGAUGGGUGGCGUGUGGAACAGAGGGAUGGUUCGGAAGCAUCUCUUGACUGGUCCUCUGAGAGACGAGAUAUCGCUGUGAUCUCAGAUAGCUACUUUCCUAGGUACUUCAUUGCCCCCGCGAAGUUCUUGGGCAACCAGGUCUUGAGUUAUGGACAGAACUUUUCCUUCUCCUUCCGAGUGGACCGACGAGACACUCGCCUCUCUGCAGAAGACCUGGUGCUUGAGGGAGCUGGCUUGAGAGUGUCUGUACCCUUGAUUGCCCAGGGCAACUCCUAUCCAAGCGAGACCACAGUGAAAUACACCUUCAGGCUCCAUGAAGCAACAGAUUACCCUUGGAGGCCUACACUUUCCCCUUUUGAAUUUCAGAAGCUCCUCAACAAUUUGACUUCUAUUAAGAUCCGUGGGACAUAUAGUGAGAGAAAUACUGGAUAUUUGGAUGAUGUCACCCUGGCAAGUGCCCGUCCUGGGCCUGGGGUCCCUGCAACUUGGGUAGAGUCCUGCACCUGUCCUGUGGGCUAUGGAGGGCAGUUUUGUGAGACAUGCCUCCCAGGUUAUAGAAGAGAGACUCCAAGUCUUGGCCCUUAUAGUCCCUGUGUGCUUUGUACCUGCAAUGGACACAGUGAGACCUGUGACCCUGAGACAGGUGUCUGCAACUGCAGAGACAAUACGGCUGGCCCCCACUGUGAGAAGUGCAGUGAUGGCUUCUAUGGAGACUCUACUGCAGGUACCAACUCUGACUGCCAGCCUUGUCCAUGCCCUGGAGGCUCAAGUUGUGCUGUUGUUCCCAAGACAAAGGAGGUGGUGUGCACCAACUGUCCAACUGGUACCACUGGCAAGAGAUGUGAACUCUGUGACGAUGGCUACUUUGGAGACCCGCUGGGCAGCAAUGGCCCCGUGAGGCUAUGCCGCUUGUGCCAGUGUAAUGACAACAUCGAUCCCAAUGCGGUUGGGAACUGCAAUCGCCUGACAGGAGAAUGUCUGAAAUGCAUCUAUAACACGGCUGGCUUCUACUGUGACCGCUGCAAAGAAGGGUUUUUUGGAAAUCCCCUGGCUCCCAAUCCAGCAGACAAAUGCAAAGCCUGCAGUUGCAAUCCAUAUGGGACGAUGAGACAGCAGAGCAACUGUAACUCGGUGACCGGGCAAUGUGAGUGUCUGCCUCAUGUGUCUGGCCGGGACUGCAGUGCUUGUGAUCCCGGCUUCUACAACCUGCACAGCGGGCAGGGCUGUGAGAGGUGUGACUGCCAUGCUUUGGGUUCCACCAACGGGCAGUGUGACAUCCGCACAGGCCAGUGUGAGUGCCAGCCUGGCAUCACUGGUCAGCACUGUGAGCGCUGUGAAGUCAACCACUUUGGGUUUGGACCCGAAGGCUGCAAACCUUGUGACUGUCAUCCCGAGGGCUCCCUUUCGCUCCAGUGUAAAGACGAUGGUCGCUGUGAGUGCAGAGAAGGCUUUGUGGGAAAUCGCUGUGACCAGUGCGAAGAGAACUAUUUCUACAAUCGGUCUUGGCCUGGCUGCCAGGAAUGUCCAGCUUGUUAUCGGCUGGUAAAGGAUAAGGUUGCUGACCACCGAGUGAAACUCCAGGAACUUGAGAGUCUCAUAGCAAACCUGGGAACUGGGGAUGAGAUGGUGACUGAUCAAGCCUUUGAGGACAGACUAAAGGAAGCAGAAAGAGAGGUCAUGGACCUCCUUCGAGAGGCUCAGGAUGUCAAAGAUGUAGACCAGAAUUUGAUGGAUCGCCUUCAGAGAGUGAAUAACACUCUGUACAGCCAGAUUAGCCGAUUACAAAAUAUUAGGAAUAUCAUUGAAGAGACCGGGAACUUGGCUGAGCAAGCACGGACCCGAGUACAGAACACAGAGCAGUUGAUUGAAAUUGCCUCCAGAGAACUGGAGAAAGCAAAAGUUGCAGUUGCCAAUGUGUCAAUCACUCAACCGGAGUCUACAGGGGACCCAAACAAUAUGACUCUCCUGGCAGAAGAGGCCCGAAAGCUCGCAGAACGCCACAAACAAGAGGCGGAUGACAUUGUACGGGUGGCAAAGACAGCGAAUGAUACAUCAACCGAAGCAUAUAACCUUCUUUUGAGGACACUGGCGGGGGAAAACCAAACAGCAUUUGAGAUUGAAGAGCUCAAUAGGAAGUAUGAACAAGUAAAGAACAUUUCACAGGAUCUGGAGAAGCAGGCUGCCCAAGUCCAUGCAGAAGCCAAGCGGGCGGGUGACAGGGCUGUGGAAAUCUAUGCCAGUGUGGCCCAGCUGAGCCCUGUGGACUCUGUGGCACUGGAGAAUGAAGCAAAUAAAAUAAAGAAAGAGGCAGAGGAUCUGGACCGUCUGAUUGACCAGAAGUUAAAGGAUUAUGAAGACCUGAGAGAAGACAUGAGAGGGAAGGAAGCUGAAGUGCAGGAUCUUCUAGAGAAAGGGAAAGUUGAACAGCAGACUGCCGAUCAACUCCUAGCCCGAGCUGAUGCAGCCAAGGCUCUGGCAGAGGAAGCUGCUAAAAAGGGGCAGAAUACUUUACAAGAAGCUCGUGACAUCCUCAGCAACCUGAAAGAUUUUGAUAGACGUGUGAAUGAUAACAAGACAGCUGCAGAGGAGGCCCUGAAGAGGAUUCCCGCCAUCAACCAGACCAUAGCUGAAGCCAACGAGAAGACGAGGGAUGUACAGCUGGCUCUGGGCAAUGCCAAGGCAGAUGCCACGGAGGCCAAAACCAAAGCCCAUGAGGCAGAGAGGAUCGCCAGUGCCGUGCAGAGGAAUGCUACCAGUACCAAAGCAGAAGCAGAAAGAACUUUUACAGAAGUUACAGGUCUGGAUAACGAGGUGAACAGCAUGUUGAGACAGCUCCAGGAAGCAGAGAACGAGCUGAAGAGGAAACAGGAUGAUGCUGACCAGGACAUGAUGAUGGCGGGCAUGGCUUCACAGGCUGCUCAGGAAGCUGAGAUCAAUGCCAGAAAGGCCAAAAACUCUGUCAACAGCCUCCUCAGCAUGAUUAACGACCUCCUGGAGCAGCUAGGGCAGCUGGAAACAGUGGACCUCAACAAGCUAAAUGAGAUUGAAGGCACUCUGAACAAAGCCAAAGAUGAAAUGAAGGUCAGUGAUAUUAAUAGAAAAGUGUCUGACCUGGAGAACGAAGCCAGGAAGCAGGAGGCUGCCAUCCUGGACUAUAACCGAGACAUUGAAGAGAUCCUGAAGGACAUUCGCAAUCUGGAAGACAUCAGGAACACCUUACCAACCGGCUGCUUCAACACCCCGUCCAUCGAGAAGCCCUAGCGAUGGGAAUGCUCAAAGACAGCUUCCCCAGACAGGGGGGCGUUAGUGAGGCCACAGAGUGCCUUGACACAAAGAUUAUGUUUUUCAGCCCCCCCCCCCACUUCUCCGCUGCUCUCCAUCACUGUCCUUUUGAACCGAGAAAAGUCACAGAGUUUAAAGAGAAGCAAACUAAACAUCCCGAACCAGGAACCAGGGUUUUAUCUCAUAGAGUCUCUCUUCUACUCACGUUGCCACUACCUUCCCCACACUUUCCCUUCUCGCUUGCCCCAGGACAUGGCAUCCUUGAGUGGCAUAAACACAUCAUGCAAACCCUUCCAUGCCAGGACACUGCUGUCAUUUCACACAACAGCAGAACCCCUCGUGUCAGCAGGCUCACAUCAACACCAGCAGAAACGUCGCACUCUCAUUCUUAUUUCUAUGAAGGAAAAGUUCAGCUCCUGUUUGUAGCAUUGUGAUGGCUGGUGUAUCUAGACUAUAAAUUAAAACAACAGCAAAAAAAUACAGCUGCAUCUUCUUCCCUCCUCUUUUAAGCAAAAGGAAAUGUAUAUCCUGUGCCAAAAGGACUGGUCAUUUAGAACCAUGGUAGCCACCCAUCGGUGUCGCUUAGUUGUUUUGCUUAUUGGAUGCCGAGCCAUCUGCAGGAAAGGAUGUAGUUAUUUAUGAGAUUCUCCAGGAGACCAUGGCUGGAGUAGUCUGAAGAUUUUCUCCUUUAUCAAUGAUUGACUCUGAAGAUGAACUUUUCCAGAUCUUUAGGCAGCUGAUAAAAUAAGUUUGGAUGGGCAGCUUACAGUUACCACUGUACCAAUAGAUACGUUUUGAUAGUAUUAUAAAUGGGACUUACACAGAAGAAACGGAUAUAAUAACCACUAAAGUUUAUUUUGGUUUUCUUUUUCUUUUUUUCCUUUUCAAAAAUCAAACUGAGCUUUAUUAGUAUGUUAGUCUUGAUAUCUAUCAGAGAUAUCUAGAAGAUCUUGACAAAGGAAAGGAAAACAAACCUCGUUCCUGGCUUUUUUAGAAAAAGACUAAUACUGAGUGUAGUGUUAGCAUCCCAAAAAUACAUCUUUUUUUUUUUUUUCUUUCACUGGAGAGAGAUUCUUGCUUUCUUCUGAUGUCUCCAUUUUCUGGAUUCCCUCAAAACACAUUGCCAAUUCCUGGUGACAAAUGCUUACCCACAGCUGCCAAAAAUACCAUCUCGUUCCUGCACUUGGUGAUUUGGCCCCCUCGGCCUUCUCUCCCCCCACAGGGGGAAGGACCUUGUGUGGUGUCUCAUGGGCUUCUCAUCCCUUUGCUCCUCAGCUCUGUGGUUUUUAUGGUGAGACCACGGUGCGAUAGCUCCCUGCCACAAAGCCCCCUUCUUCCUCCCAACCUGCCUUUGAGAUUGAUAUAUAGCCUUUAACACUAUGCAACUUUGUACUUUGCGUAGCGGGGGGGAAAGAAACUAUUAUCUGACACACUGGUGCUAUUAAUUAUUUCAAAUUUAUAUUUUUGUGUGAAUGGAUUUUUUUUUGUUUAUCAUGAUUAUAGAGUAAGGAAUUAUGUAAAUAGACUUGGUCCUGUUUCUAGAAUGCCACUGUCUGCUCACUUCUUCAUUCAGGUUUUCUUCGCUGGCACAUUGCCCGGAUGUAUCCCCUUCACUCCCAGCUACAACUCUUUCCA